UCUCCGCCCACAGAAAUGAGCCGUCGGACUGAGAGAGAACCUACUGGACCGUCAAAUGGCGCGCCCUCCUCCCGGACGGUGCCUGACCUGGCCGGCACAACUGCGUCCAACAAUGACUUGGCGAGUCUUUUUGAGUGUCCCGUCUGCUUUGAUUAUGUGUUGCCUCCAAUUCUACAAUGUCAUAAUGGCCAUCUUGUCUGUAGCGACUGUCGCCCAAAGCUCACACGUUGUCCAACUUGCCGGGGCCCGCUGACAUCAAUUCGCAACUUGGCAAUGGAGAAAGUGGCCGUCUCGGUACUUUUCCCCUGCAAAUACGCCUCUUUUGGUUGUGAAAUAACUAUGCCACCCACAGAAAAAGCAGACCAUGAAGAACACUGUGAGUUUAGGCCCUGUUGUUGUCCCUGCCCUGGUAACUUCUGUGGGUGGCAAGGCUCAGUGAAUGCUGUAGUGCCGCAUCUGACGCAGAAACAUGAGUCCAUUAUAACCCUGCAGGGAGAAGUUGUCGUUUUCCUUGCAGUCAGCAUUAAUCUUUCUGGUGCCCUUGACUGGGUGAUGAUGCAGUCCUGUUUUGGGUUUCACUUUAUAUUAAUCUUGGAGAAGCUGGAAACCUACGAUGGUCACCAGAAAUUCUUUUCCGUUGUCCAGCUGGUAGGAACACACGAACAAGCUGAAAAGUUCUCUUAUCGACUUGAGCUAAAUGGUAAUAGGCGGCGAUUGACUUGGGAAGCCACGCCUCUGUCCAUUCAUGAGAGAGUUGAAACAGCCAUCAUGAACAGUGACUGCCUAGUCUUCGACCCUGGAGUUGCGGAACUUUUCGCAGAAAAUGGCAAUUUAAGCAUCGAUGUAACUAUUUCCAUGUGUUGAAAUGGUGAUCAAACAUUUUCCGACGAGUGUUUAAAACCAAUACAUUCAAAUUCACAGAGAAUGAGGCACCUGUCUUCCUACCAACCAGAAACUUUUGGUAGGUGGAAGCUAGAGACAUUAAGAUAAAUAAAACGAAAGGGUGUUAAAUACAAGAAAUAGUUGUAUGUAAUAACACUAAUAUAUUUAAAAUA